AUGGUGACUAGUUUUGCAAUAAUGAUCAUCAGAUUUUGUAUUCAACUAUUCAGCAUCCUCUUCAACUGCUUCAAGCUAGCUUAUCACCAUUUCAAAUGGUUCUUGGAAUUUCUUACCUACAGCCCAUUUUACAGCCUCCAUGUUCAUCAUCACCAUCUGCCUCCUGAAGAGUCGUUUCAGAUUGUUGCAGAAGAACGGGUCGAGAUAUGGCGUCCUCGUGAAGGAGAAGAAGAAGUGGAUUGUGCAGUGUGUCUGAGCAAGAUUGGUGAAGGAGAUGAAGUUAGGGUUCUGAGAUGUGAACAUGUUUUCCACAGAAAUUGUUUGAAUCAGUGGGUUGGAUUCAGGAACUUCACUUGUCCUCUUUGUAGGGACUUUCUGGGUUCUGGGAUUAGAAAUGUUGUUCAUGGUGAUGGAGGAGGAACACAUGUGAUUUUCUUUAGGUUUUCUUCGUUCUUUGAGGAUAAUUCUGAGCGUGAGAACUGGUGGCUUCGUCAUGAAAAGGAAGAAUUUCUUUUGCCCGAGUGCUUUGGUCACAGCAUGGAUCAGCUGGCACGUAGUCCUCCUUAG